AAACUUUCUACGGGUGCCACCAAAGAAAUAUCCUCUUCAAGCAAUGCAGAUAGUAAUGUUCAGUGUAUUGUAUCAUUUACCAUGAAACACUGGCAUUACUACCGCCUUUGCUUUAUGAACUCAAGCAUAGGCAUCAUUUAUAGUAGGGGACGGUGGGGACGUGUCCCCUUCUUACAUACAGUGCAAUGUAAAUAUUGAGGAGACAAAUGUGCAUUGUCCAGAAAAUAUAAGGCUAAAAAGAAACACAAAGAUGUUGCUUCACUAAAGAAAAGACACAAAAUAGGAUGUGUUAUAAUAGUUAGGGCUGAAGAUGAAGCAAGAAUCCAGUGCAGAUAAUGUACCUUAUACAAGUUUGCGUAUCAGGCAAUUAAAAUGUGUCAAUAUCCGUACUCCUGCAAGCUGGGCUCGUCUCUUACUCUCUCUUCAGAUCAAAAAUGAUCUGAAACUCAAUCCGAGGCUGUACUCUAAAUAGUUUUCUAAUGAAUAAUAAAUAUGGCAACUUCUUAUUAACCCAACGUCUGGUUAGUCCUAGCUAUAUCUGGUUUAAGCUCUACCCAGGUCUGGUUUAAACUCCUCCCAUUCCAAGUAUGGUUUUCUUUUACAUUAAUAAACACAUUUCCACCAUAAAAGUAUUUGAUGCCCCAAAUCUCCUGGGGGUGGACCCCAAGAGACCCUGCCUCAUGUGUCCCCCCAAAAGUUGAAAAGAAACAUCACCCUUGGUAGGAGCCUGUAGGCUUUUCCCUUUAGAUGCACAGAUGUCCCCCCCAACCUGCUGUAAUUAUCACCUACAACCUCAUACCGAUCCCUUGGUUAUUUCACACGAGCCCUUACGUCCCCACCACUUUUCAACACAAAUUGACACCCAUGGACCCAAGUGCUUACAAUUAGCAGAGGUUUUUGACUCAACAUUUUCUGUAAUCUGUGUUUCUUUGGGGGUUUUUUUGUCAGAAACAGCAAUCAUGACUAGCAAAAUGGUCGUUAAUCAGCCCAGGCCGUUCAUCAUGAACACGACAUCCCACGAAUGGACCUCUGGCAUCUGUGAUUGCUGCCAAGACCUGCCCCAGUGUUGUCUUGCCUUUUGGUGUCUUCCCUGCUUCGCCUGCAAGACAUCAUUUGAGGCCGGGGAGUGUGUGUGUUUACCUCUGCUGGAUGCUUAUGGACUCAUUCCUCCUAUAACCACAGCCCUCAGGGUGUCAGUACGCACGCGAUAUGGCAUUGAGGGUACAGUUUGCAAUGACUGCGUGAUUGCCUGCUGCUGCGGGCCCUGCAACUGGUGUCAACUGGCAAGAGAAAUCAAAGCAAGGAGUAGUCCCAUUACCUUCGUCAACAUGACGGUCCAAUAAGAACACAUUGCUUAAUUCCCCACAGCAUCAUCAUUACUUGUGAUCUGUUUCAAGCCGUCUGCCUCUGAGGAAUGUUACUGAGCAGCUGAUUAAAGAUCAGCACAUGAGGGUCAUAUGUGUUACAUCACUUCAUGACAUAGAAAAGAGAUAAGCACUGGCCUUGGCUUUUGUCAUCCGCUAAUGCAACUUUUCUUUUUCCUCUGUCACUUCGAAGAUGUUUUAUGUGUUCCUCUGGCAGACGGAUUGCUUGAUCCCUAGCACUGAUUGUUAUUCUUUAGAAGUAGACUAUUUAUAUGUUUAUAUAUGGGUUCAUUUUCACUUGUUAUGUGGUGGUGAUUUUUAGCUAUGUGGCUUUCGACUGGGGAUCUUGAACUGUCAAAAACAUGUCCACUGAAAGAAAUUUGGUACAAAAAGUCACAAUCCCUAGAAGAUGAAUCGUCUGACUUUGGUGAUCUUCUGACCUUUUAUUUAGCACUGUCAUCAGGUUACAAUUUUAAAUUGUCCACUACUUUUGUUUAUGACCAAAUACUGCAAAACUAAUAUUAUUCCCAUCAGCCAGCGACAACUGUACUUUAUGCUUCAUGCUAUAUCAAGACAGUGAACAUGGUAAACAUUACCUGCUUAGCAUCUCCCUAUUGGUGCCAUGCCGUUGUUCCAACUGCCCAUUACUCCAUAACCUCAAUAGCUUGAAAGGUGUUCCAUCAGCACUAAAGCCAAUUUGUUAGACAGCCGCACAAAUGGGCUCUUAGUCCAAUGGGACAUUUUAAGACUAUUGAGGUUUCAGAAUUAUGAGCAGUAGGAACAAUAGGGAGUCCCCAGUCUGGUGGUUGGCAUUGUCAUUGUGAGUACGCUAUACUAGUAUACUAGCAUGCUGAUGGUAGCUCAAAGCACUGUAUGACAAAUUGCUAACAUGGAUGUAGACUGUCAACAUUUUUUUCCUGCAUACCUUUCAUUAUAAAGAUGUACAAAUUUCGCUUUUCUUGUAUGACCAGUUAGAAUAUUGUAAUUGUUAGCCAGAAGAAGUUGCACUGCAGAUGCAUUUGUAAUAAAACAUACAGAGUUUUUCCACAUUUAUGCUCUUGAAUUAUUCAGCCUGUAUUAGUUGCUGGAGAUUUUUCAUAUCACACAUAUUAAAGUACUUUGCAUUUAA